ACAAACGGAUAUUUGACAAUUAAAGAAUCCUGCUGGGACUUUUUUAAUUUGAGUCAUACAAAUCAAGACAAAAAAUUACUUCUUAUAAACAUUUAUUAUAGUUUUGGUCAACUGUAGUGGUAGUUAAUAAAAAUAGAUAUAUGAAUAAUUAUUUUUCAGUAAUAAAUAAAUCUGGAUGAUAGAAUCAUGAUACCUUUGCUUGGUCAUCGGGAAAAAUUUAAAACUAUUAAAAUCAAUCGCCAAAUGUCAAAAUACUGUGAUGGAUCUGUGAAUUGUUUGUUUGUAAGGAAAACUCGUUAGAAAGUAUUAUAAAACCGAUAUAUGGAAGAAUUACAUGCUGAUAACACGCAGGACCGAUCAUUCUUUCAAGUGAUUGCAAAGGAUUUAUUUGUCAUGGUGGCAUUAUUCUUAUAAGUGGUUAGCCUUGAAGUAGAUGUCAUCUAUUAUCUUAAAUGAGUGUUGUUUAUUUUACAUUUUAGUGAUAUUAGUUGCUUUUUCACGAUUAUAUGGCUUUGAUAUUUGACUUAUGUUUUACGUCAAUCCGGAAGAGGCAUGUUUUACCCACGAAUUCGGGAGAAAGGUGCAGGUUUAGUCAUACUCAGCUGGACUUGUCUAGCUGUAUUGUGCGCCGCAUCCACGGCACCCUGCGACAAAACCCGCAGGGUAUUUACUGAUCAAAGUGGUAUCAUCACAGAUGGACCUAGUAACUCUAACUAUACACAGGACUCGCACUGUGAAUGGCUCAUUAAAGCAGGAAACAAAAGUCAAUUUAUAACCCUUAGUUUCUUACGCAUGGGGACAGAAUGUUCCUAUGAUUAUGUAUUUGUUUAUGAUGGUGAUUCAUUUGAUGCCCCAUUAUUAGGAAGUUUCAGUGGAAAGACUGAACCACAAAAUGUAACUGCGUCAAGUGGUUUUAUGGAUUUCGUGCCACUUAUGCUAUACAUGACUGUCCCAAUAACUGCUCAGGUCAAGGAGAAUGUGUUUCCAAUAAGUGUUUCUGUUGGGGGAGAUGGGGUGGUCCUGAUUGUAGUAUUGAUCUUUGUCCCAGUGGAUGUUCAGGAAAUGGGCAAUGCAAAGGAGACAGAUGUAUUUGCAGAAAAGGACUCUCUAUAUGUUUUUGGUGGAUAUGAUCUGAACAAAGUCUUAGGCCUCUUAGAAGUGUAUAGGUUUUCUACUAGUCAAUGGUAUGAUGAAAACGGACGGGUAUUACGAAGAUACCCAACAAAUGAAGAAAUGGAUAAAUCUUUACUAACUCUUUUCAAAAAGGGCAAUAAUGAUGGCAGCUGGCACGUCGGUAACGGAAGUUCAUUGUUCACUUUAAUCUUAUCAUCAUUUUCAAAUCCGGACAAAACAACGUUACCUCUCAUGUACUCACAUUCACCGACGCCAUAUUCAGAAAGCUACCUACAGUUCACUGACCGACCAGAAUUGGUGACUUCUAUGAAAUCUAAUUAUUCUAAACCUGAACCAAGAUAUGGACACUCUUCUUGUGCCUAUGGGAGCGGUUUCGUUCUUUAUGGAGGGAAACUUUCGGACGGAAGUCUGUCAUCAGAGCUGUGGCUUUAUGACGCUAAAAUAAACGUAUGGAGUUUACGAGCACUCAAUUCGACAUUUGUUCCUCCUGGCCUAACUCGGCACACUCUCACUGCUGUCAAUGAUGAGCUGUAUCUAUUUGGGGGAAGUACCGUGGAAGGCGAAUUCUCUUCGAAUAUGUAUAAAAUAAAACUGAGUGAUGCAAGCACAGAGUCUUGGGAAAAAGUAUAUGUGAGAGGUGGCAAGGAGUUGGACGUACGUGUCGUAGCACAUACAGCGGUAUACCAUUCUCAUUCCAAUUCUAUUUUAGUUUAUGGCGGCGUAGUUGCCAGCGUCGCUAGAUUUUCCAAAUUAUCUGAUAGAAUGUUUGCUUUUGAUAUAGACUACAAACAUUGGAGUGAAAUUCAUUAUCCUAGAGCUCAUUUACGAGACACUUAUGUACCUAGAGAAAGAGCAUUCCAUACAUCUACUAUAAUUGGUAAUUACCUCGUAGUGUUCGGAGGAUAUUCCCAUCGUCAUAAUAGAGAAGAGAUUUGUUACGAUGGUCAGAUGUACCUCUAUCAUUUGGGCUGUCACUCUUGGAUACCUUUAGAUGUUUUAGGCAAAAUUCCCAAGUUCUAUCCGAAGAAACAGGGCGUAUUCGCUCAUGCCGCCGCUUUAAAACCACCAUCAACUCUAUUGAUUGCUGGAGGAUAUCAUGGAAACGUCAAUGGAGAUUUGUUAGCAUACGUUGUACCAAGCUGGCAGGCCGGUAUUAGUAAUGAUAACCCAGAGUCCGCGUGUCCGAAACAUCACACACAACCAGAAUGCCUUGCAGAUCCAGAAUGUGGUUGGUGUUCUGCCGAUGACAUUUGCUACGGAAGAACAAUAGGAUCAAACUGCACAACAAAUCUGCAAUCGAUUCGGUGCGGUGGUAUUUGUCCGGCGCUCGGGGAUUGUCGCUCUUGUUUGAUCCACGGCCCGCCGACCAGUGAGAACAGCACUCGCUCACUAUUGCCUUCUGUUAGUACCAAGUUGGGUCUUUACAAAUGUAGUUGGUGCGUACAGAAUGCCCGGUGUCAUCAUAAAGACGAUAAUUACGGUGUUUGUGGGGAAGACACUCCAUCGGAGAACCCUGGUUGGUGGGGUACAACUGGUACAGAGGUGACCACGCCCGAGGAAUGUAAAAUUCUAGAUAAACGACCAGGUCUAACAUUUCUCAGAUAUCAACAGCCCGCAGAUUGGAAUCACCCAGACGCCGUGUCGGUAGUGAAUGCUACUACGGUAGACUGGGGAACGGGAGGCGGUAGCAAUCAUAUCUUUAGUGGUUCCAGUGAAGCACGAUUAAAGGGAUGGUUACACAUACCUCAGUAUUGGAACGGAACGGGAGAAUUAUUACAUAUCUGUGCGGGCUAUUCAAAUAUCUCGCUGGCUUUAGGAGAUAAUACGGACUCUGUGGCAAACUUAACAGCUCAACCAUCCGCAUGUUCUCUCGUUGACUGGCCGGCGUUGUUCCCCGGUCGUUUAUUAGUUGACAUGCACGCCAAUGAUUCUUUACAUACGGGUCUCUAUCCAUCGCAUCAUCAUGCCAAAAUGGAAUUAUUACAUAAUAAAUCUCAAGAAAGUGCUAAGGUCUUUACAUUUGAAUUUUUGGAACCAUAUUCAAAUGGUGAAUGCUCAAACUACGGAAACUGUUUGUUGUGUCUAUCAGAUGCUGCAUGUGGUUGGUGUGAAUUGACAAACCGUUGUGAACUAAGAAACUCAGAUGAAAAGGUAAUAUGUUCGGCAGACGGGGAAUGGAGAUAUCUCACGUUGCAACCGGCAGCUUGUCCGAACUGCUCCAAUUAUAUAAGUUGUGAACGGUGUGUUGCUGGCAACUUUUGUGAAUGGUGGGCAGACGAAGCCAGGUGUGCUCGACGAGGUCGAGCUAGUGGUGCCAUUGUAGAUGUAAGUGAAUGCCCGGCUCCUUGUCGUAUGCGUUUAGAUUGCGAGAACUGCCUUGACGAACGUGGGCGAUGUGUAUGGUGUGAGGCCACAAGACAGUGCUUCAGCUUUAGUGUUUACACCAGCGAAUAUCAAUUUGGUCUUUGUCGUGAAUGGCUUGAUCGCGCUUCUUCGCCUACUGAUGACGCCGCCCGUAAAUCAGGUCAAUGCAAAUCAUGUCAAGCUCACAUACAAUGCUCAACUUGUCUGAGAAGUAUGGGUUGCGGGUGGUGUCACUCACACGAAAACCCGAUCAAUGGUAUUUGUACAGAAGGUGAUUUUACGCGUGCCCAUGUUGAUUGUGCAUCACUUUUGAACGUGACUUCAAGUGAUGCUGGUUGGGCGUAUGCUCAAUGUCCAGAUGUCGACGAGUGUGGACUCGGACUUCACGACUGUCAUGAACAUGCUGUAUGUAACAACACUCACGGUUCAUAUACUUGUAAAUGUAAACAGGGCUACAUUGGAGAUGGCAAGAAAAGUUGUACGAGAACAUGCUACAAUAAUUGUAUCCAUGGAUACUGCCUUGGAGCUCCACAAUACAAAUGUCAUUGUGAUCUUGGGUGGACAGGUGCAGAUUGCUCAAUUAAUUGCGGGUGCCAUAAUCAUUCAACUUGUAAAAAUGGUGUAGGUAGAUGUGACGAGUGCCAAGAUUGGACGGAGGGAGAGUUUUGCGAAUCUUGUAAGCCCGGAAGCCACGGUAAUGCUACCACCGGUCAAGGUUGCCGGCGCUGUGAUUGCAAUGAUCAUGGUGAUGAAACACGCGGUGUUUGUGAUGUUGCAACUGGCGAAUGCAUUUGCAAGGACAACACUGAAGGUCAAAAUUGUGAACGAUGCAAGCCUAAAUUUUAUGGGGAUCCGAGACACGGAGGCCGAUGUUAUUAUCAAUGUGAGCCUCGAGGAAUGUUAAAUGCAUCACAAACUGAAGGCAUAGGCUCUUAUAAGAGUGACCCUGAUAUUAAAACCGUGGGACCUUCAAAGGAAUGCUUAUGGAUUAUAUCAGCUGAUGAUAUAAAAGAUGCUCUCAUUCAAUUCACUAUAAACUCUUCUACUUCUGAUGUGCCAUGUGAUGAAAAUGCAGUGUAUGUAUAUGAUGGCUUAGGUGGUGUACCUGAUAUGAGUAAUAAUCAGCAGAGUCAGCUUCUUGGUGUGUUUUGUAAUGGAGCAUCCUCUGGAGUAGUAGAAGCCCGGAGUGGAAAUCUCACUGUACACUAUAAACAAGGCCAAGAUGAACAAGGUUUUGAGGGAGUAUAUAAAGUGUUAGCAUGUGACGGUCAUUGCCCGUGGCCAAGAAUAUGUAAUAAAAGACAUUGUGUAUGUAGAGAAGGAUUUGGGGGGCCUGAUUGUGACGUCGAAAUAUGUAAGAAUAAUUGUAGUAUCACACUUAAUGCUGGGGUUUGCGAUACUAGUUAUGGUCGGUGUCUCUGCAACGAAGAUUAUGGUGGAGAUGACUGUUCUAUAAAACUGGAUAAAACUCAAUUAGUUUUCACGGAACUUUUUAACUCUGAGUAUUUAACGGAAGGAUUAGAUCAUCUCAGGAAAACGUUGCCAAGAUUUGGACACAGUUUGGUUGCAGAUAGAAGGGGAUUGUGGAUGUUCGGUGGCUAUUCACUGUCUCACGGACCCUUGAAUGAUAUUAGAUUUUUUGAUACGAAAAACAAUACUUGGAUGCAAGUAACCGUAGAAGCUACACCGGAUGCAAAAAUGCCAGAGGGACGCUAUUUUCAUGGAGCAGAAAUUUAUCAUUCUAAGCAAAAUAUUUAUAUUUACGGUGGACUUAGUUUACAAGAAAAGAGUGCACAAAAUAAAACACUUGAUGAUUUCUGGCAAUUCAGUUUGAAAGAUCAGAGGUGGGGCAUAAUCAAAAGUAAAGAGGAACAACCACCACCACUCGCAGGACAUACACUAACUUUGCAAAAAUAUCAGGAUUACGAAAGUUUGGUUUUGAUCGGUGGUUUUUCUAUGGAAAAUGGUUUUAUGGCUGACAUAUGGGAAUUCGAUCUAGACAACGAUAAAUGGAUAAAACUGAAUUGUGGAGGUACUAAACCCGCUGGUAUAAUUGGACAUAGUACUGUUUAUCAUGCUCCCUCGCAAAGCUUAUACAUAUAUGGUGGAAUUUUGUAUAUAUAUAAUGGCACAUUAAUGUCAAAUAAACUAUUCUCCUUCCACUACCCGACCAAAAAAUGGAGCGAACUCCCAAACUUUCCGAAUCUCAAUCAUUAUGAUCGAUUACCUCAAGCGUCUUAUCUACAUUCUGCUAUCACUACAAAUGAAUACAUGAUUGUUUUUGGAGGUCGAACAGAACCAGACAACAGAUCUGACAAUUUAAUAGCUUAUGUGUACAGUUGCAAUCAAUGGGUUAGACUUGUCAAAGGAGUUAGUAUUGUUGGUAAUCCGCCUCCGCCGACUAUAGCCCACGCAAUGGCUAUUGAUAUGGAAUCUGAAAACGAAGGUUAUAUAUACAUAAUAGGUGGUUGGACAGGCAGUGCACAUUGCCAAGUUACGCGAAUAUCUCUUCCCGAAGACCUCUGCUCCCUUUGGAGUACAAGUAAAUUGGAAUGUCGUAGUCACAUGGGUUGUAGUUUUUGUAGCACAGGCAAUUAUACAAAAUGCUAUUCCGUUGAUAAACCCGGUUGCGAAGGAAGUGACCGAGUAUCUACUAAUUCAGGUGCUGCAUGUGACGCAGAACUUGUUUCGAGAAGAUCGUGUGAGAAUUUUACUACUUGUUCUUCGUGUUUAGCAGCUUGGCCUUUAUAUCCUGAAGAGAAACCGGCGUGUCGCUGGUGCGAAUCUUGCGCUGCCGCUGUUGGUGAAUGCGUACCUACUGAUGAAUCUUGUACAAGUAUCAAAUGUAACGCUGGUACUACGUACAUAAGCGACGUGGAUCAGUGCCCCGAAUUGAGGUGUCUUGCGUCCGAUUGCGACAGAUGUGUUUCGAAUAAAUGUACUUGGACUCGUCAAGCUAGUAGAGAAGGACAGCUCACGAGAAUAUCGGAGGAUCCUUCAGAAUUAUUCAAUUGGACAUGCACAUUGAUUGAAGAACAAGGGCGUACCAGUUUGCGGCCCACCACGAGAGAGGAAUGUCCAAGUAAAUGUCAUACGUACAACGAUUGUCAGUCGUGUCUUAGUUCCGACGGAGCCGAGGGUGGUUACUCGGAAUGCCAUUGGGCUACAUAUCUUGGUAAAUGUAUAUCGCCAGCAUAUCAACCCGUGUACUGUGCCGGGGGCGUAUGUGGUCUCGUAUUGACGAAAGCGGAUAAGACUAAGUGUCCCGCCCCGUGUGGAACAUUCGAACAGUGUUCAGAAUGUUUGCAUCAUUCUCAUUGUGGUUGGUGUGCGAUAGAAGAUGAGAACGGCGCAGGAGUUUGUACAGAAGGAUCUAUAGAUACGCCCCUUGAUUACUCGACGCGGACAACUUGCGCGGCAGUUUACAACAAUAUGCAUCAGUUGAAUGAAACCAACAACACUUUCUCGUGGCAUUACACGCGAUGUCCGCCGGAGAAUGAGUGCGAAAAUAAUCAUCACCAGUGCAAAGCUGAAUCUGAGGUAUGUCGCGAUUUACCAGAAGGUUACGAAUGCGCAUGCGGCGCGGGCCAUAAACGUGCCCCCGGCGGCGGCUGCGCAGCUGUAUGCUCGCAGGGCUGCGUGCGCGGUGUCUGCGUACAACCGGACGUGUGUAGGUGCGACUUCGGAUAUGUCGGCGCCAACUGUACAAUACAGUGUCAGUGCAAUGGCCACUCGCACUGUGAGGGACCGGACAAACUCGACAAAUGUAUCGAAUGUCACAAUAACACGAUGGGUAAUCAAUGCGAGAAAUGCAAGCCGAACUUCGUCGGCGAUCCAACAAACAAUGGUCAGUGUGUGCCUUGCUCGAUGUUCUGUCACGGGCAUACGUCGAUAUGUACCAGCGAGCCGGCAGACUCGAAAGACGCGAGUGUACCCGACCCGGAGGACUUCUACAGAGACCCAGCGGCAGCGAAGGCGCGAUGCGUGCGAUGCGCUAAUAACACAGAUGGCCCGCGUUGUGAGAGGUGUAUAGAAGGAUACUUCAGAGGCUCCGAAGACUUCCGAGAUCCGUGUAGACCGUGCGAGUGUCACGGUCAUGGCGACACUUGUGACCCAGUGACCGGCGAGAAGUGUAACUGUGGCAAUAACACCGAAAGCGAUGCCUCCUGUCAGACGGCAAGCUCUAGCAAGAAUUCAGCGCAAGAAUGUUGGCGAUAUCAAUGUGUUAAAUGCCGGGAUCUGUAUAUGGGUGAUCCGCGCAACGGCCACCAGUGCUAUAAGACAAUCAACAUAGAGAACAAGCUAUGCUUCGACGGGAAGUCUAUCGGUAAGAACAUUUUUGUUUGUUCUAGCAGUAAUGAGGAAGUAUUAAAAAAAAGAAAAAACUAAAAAGCCCCUCUACUAGAUGGCGACUCUAGAAAAAGUUGAUUUAUGCAGGAAACGAAUGGACCAAAGACAGUUAUUUCCGUUCCUUUUAAAUAACAUAUUAA